CGGUUUUACUUACCUCACAGGUGAGCGCUCUCGGGUAAGCGGCUGCACCAGAGGACGAAGGAGCCGUCCUGAGGGAGGAAGGGAGGAGGGAGGAGAGAAAGACAGUCGGACAGAGACGCGCGGUGCGCGGUGCGCGCGAGCGAGACGGCGACAAAGAAAAGGAGAGAGUGAGAGGGGGCAGAGAAAGAAAGAGCGAACGCAGGGAAGGGAGAUGAAACGGGAAAGAGAGAAGUCCGGCUGAUCGAGGAAGACGGAGCACGGGAAACAUGCGGCGAGGCGGCCCAUUCCCGGCACUCGCGCGAGAACGAGCGGGUCGGCACGCCGUACGCUCGCGGAUCGCGCGCACGCACGUGAUCGCACGUUCUCGCGAAAAAUUAUUCCGUCCUCCGAGCGCUUUUCGUGUUAACUCGCCUUAACUUCUCCUAAAGUCUCGGCACGACGGCUGUCGUGUGUGUUCCGCCUUUAUCAUCAUUAUCAUCAUCAUCAUCAUUAUUAUCAUCAUCAUCAUCAUCUUCCUCUUCUUCUCUUUCUCUGUCUUUCUUUGCGUACAAAAGACGGCGUUAUUAUCCGUUCCCGUUGCGUCGCGUCGUCACGUGGACCGUCCCUUCGGUCGCCUGGGGCGACGGUCUCGUCGGGAUAAGUGAGUGAUUUUCGGUGUACCCCGACGAGACGGAAUACUGUCGUUGCACGCUGCCCGCCGAAUGUACACUCCGAUCGUGAACGACCCGCGUCUUCGCACGCGAUUGUGACCGUGUGCCGCGAUCGCCCCUCGACAGAUCGAUCGAUCAGGUGUUGUCGCGUGGUCGGGAUCUUGCCGUGGGUGUCUAUGAGAGAGCUCGCUGGGAAUCGGUCAGCGUUGUCGACAGUCGCUCGCGUUGCUGGAUUACAUCCGAUCGGGACGGGACUGUUUGUCAGUGGUGAAUCUCAGCUGUCAGGGAGAGAAUCCGGACGCUGGCGAGUGUUCUCGGGCGCUGCUCGUGCAGCGAUGGGUCACGCAAAAAGCCGGCGGGCAUGUGAACCACUGAAAAUCGGCGGACAGGUCCGCGCUCGCGCCGCCAGGAAAAAGUUCGUCCCGUAAGAGAAGGGCAGAGGGAAGAGGGGAACGAAACGAAGGGCGCACACGGCUGAGAAAAAGGGUGAAUGCGAGAGGGUACCGUGCGCGAGAGCGACAAGGUCGCGAGGGGCGAGGAGCCCGUCGUUGAGCCGCUCAGUUGGCGAUCGCGAUCUCCAAAAUAAUGGGUUGAACUUUCGGACGACGUGCUCCACACGUACUCGCAGGAAGAAGCUCGAACGAUCGGCGAGACGAUGAGCCGUUUCGACGCUCGCGCAAGGCUCGCGCCUUCUCAACAAACGGUAACAGUCGAAUCUGCCUGGGAACGUCGCCCUGAAAUCGCAUAACAAACAGAAGGAACGACCGCAGCCCGUGCUCGCGAAUCUAAGGUGGUUCAAGUGGCCAAGUGCGAAUGGCUCGACGACACAGUGAUAACGGAUACAACAUCUCUCGAGCACCUCUUGGCAGCGCAACGGUGCUCUCGACGACUGUUUGAAAAUAAUCGUCCCACGUCCGUUUCGCGCGUUUCUCAUCGAAUGAGUCGCGCACACGUUCCUCCUCUCUCCAUUGGUUCGUGCGAUCGAUUCGAUUCGACUCGCGUCUCGAGUGGCCGAGCCGAGUGUGCAUCGUCGAUUUUCACCGCUCAAGUCGUCCGUGGAGAGAGACAGAGAUAGAAGGAGAGAGAGUGAAAGAGAGCGAGGGAGAGAGAGAGAGAGAGAGAGAGAGAGAGAGAGAGAGAUCCUGUCCUGUAUUAUUUAUAAUGCGCGGGGAAAUCUCACAAACGCGCGUUCACACGUAAUGAACGUCUUUGACUCGCAAGUUUAUCCGCGCCUCCGUCACGUCUCUCGUUGCCAUUACUCGCAGACGAAUUAAAUCUUAUUAAGUCGCGGUGUAAAUGCAAAUGCGAGCUGCUAAACGCGAUACCCGCGACUGACUGAAACGAGGAAACGUUGCUCGCGGUUCAAAGACCCCGCGCGCGCAGCCACGAGGAGAACGAGAAGUAACGAGGACAGCGACGAGCACGAGGACGACGGAUGUAGCCUCGAGCGAGCAGGAAGAAACGUCCGCGGCAGCCUGCCCGAAAUCUAUCAUGACUAGGUCGAAGGCACCUUAGAAUUUUGCCCAGGGUGCAAAUACACAGAUCGCUGCAUCGGCAGGAAAGAAGAAGAACACGUCGCUCCUCGGUGCUCGAGGUACUCGAUGACGAAGUGUCGGAUAAGCGCCGUCGAGCAACGAGAUCGCCGUUUCGCGAGGCGCGAGGUGCGCGACAGAACGGUCGUUUCGCUAAUGACAUUCGACGUCUCUGCCGAUCGCCAUAAAACACGGUCUCGUCGUCAGCGUCAUCGACGUGCGCGAAGUGACAACGGAGGAACGUUACCGUUACCGCGGUGGAUCGCGCUCGCCAGUGCGCCUCGUCACCAGGGAACAUACGAAGGAUCUUAUUCAUCCGUCCAUGAGUAACAUCGCGCGGACCGCUCGCGCAGCUCAGUCUCCCAUACGAGAGAGGAAGAAAGAAAGAGGAAGCACGAACACGACAGCCGCCGAUAAAUGACAUUGUCGUUGAAGAGCCGGCACGCGCGCGCAAAGAUCCCGAGGAUCUCGGCGAAUUCGCAGGGUGACAACGCUCCCUUUGCCUGCCUUUUCUCGCACUCUCUCUCGCGAAAGGAGUCGCAUGAGAGUGAAAAGAGCGAGCGCCGCGGUUGACAUCGCGCUGACUCGCGGGACAACGGAGCGGGUCAAAGCAGCGCACAGCUGAAGGAUCGACGCGAAUGCUGACCGCGAACGGGACCACCAGCGCGACGUGCCGCACGCCGUUCGCCGGCACCGUGAUCCGUUCGUUACGCUCGCCCGUAAAAUGGACGUUUUCAAAAUCGAUCAGUCGCUGAGCGCGGGUUUGGGCAGCGCCCCGGCGCCGGACACCCUCACGCCGGAAGUGUCGUUCGACGCCGGCAGUGAGUUCAACCUGAGCUUCUUCGACGGCCCAGAGGAGAACAGUACCCAGGGCUUCAGCGACCCUGGUUCCGUGGGGAGCGCCAGCGCGUCGCCACCCCCCGGCACCCCCGGCGGCAUCCCCGUUAAUACCCCGAGCGCGCCACUGCCGAUUGUCCAAGUGCCCUCCGCCGGCAUCGUCAUUAAGCAAGAACAGCAUUACGCGGCAGCUGAUUCAAACAGUUCGACGCCCGCCAAGAGCUUCGUACCUUGCAAGGUUUGCGGCGAUAAGGCGAGCGGUUAUCAUUACGGCGUAACUAGCUGCGAGGGUUGCAAGGGCUUCUUCAGGAGGAGCAUACAGAAGCAAAUAGAGUACAGAUGCUUGAGAGACGGCAAGUGUCUCGUCAUCAGAUUAAAUCGGAACCGUUGUCAGUACUGCAGAUUCAAGAAGUGCCUAGCCGUCGGCAUGUCCAGAGAUUCUGUCAGAUACGGCAGAGUGCCGAAACGAUCGAGAGAACGCGGUCCGGAGGACGCGAUGUCGACGAGCACGACGACGACCACCACCACCACCACCACCACCACGGGAAUGCAGCAACUGACCUCGCCCGGUGCCGGCAACAAUAACAACAAUAACAACAACAACAACAACAACAGCGCCAGCAACAACAACAACAGCAGCAGCCAAAACAACAACAACAAUAACAACAAUAACAACAACAAUAACAGCCAGAGCCAGAACGCGGUGUCGCGGGUGCCGUCGGCGGCGGUGGCCGAGGCCGAUCAAUCGGACGCCGACGUGAAGGUGGCCGUGUACGACCUGAUCCUCCAGGUGUCGCAGGCGCACCAGGCGCAUUGCGGCUUCACGGAGGAGUCGGUGCGAGGCCUCGUGAGGAAACCGAUGAUAAUACCGGCGAGUAAUUCUUCGCAGCCCGCCAGCCCGGAGGAUCCGGAAGCGGCUUCCUCGACGGCGGAGACCGUCGAGUCGCAGAGGAUCUGGUUGUGGCAGCAAUUCGCCGUCAGGGUGACGCCGUCGGUCCAAAGGGUGGUGGAGUUUGCGAAACGAGUGCCGGGAUUCUGUGAUCUCUCCCAGGACGACCAGCUGAUCCUGAUCAAAGUCGGCUUCUUCGAGGUGUGGCUCAGCCACAUCUCGAAAAUGACCACCGAUAGUUCGAUGACCUUUGAAGACGGCACGUACCUCACCCGGCAGCAAAUGGAAUUGAUGUAUGAGCCCGACUUCGUGUCCGCGUUGAUGCAAGUCGCGUCGUCGUUGAACGCCCACCAACUGACGGACGCCGAGCUGGGGUUGUUCGCGGCGGCGGUGCUGCUGAGCGAGCGACCGGGUCUGAACGAUGUGAAGGCGGUGCAGAGGCUUCAGGACCGGCUUUUAGAGGCACUCAGGGUCGAGGUGUCGCGGAGUCACUCCGCUGCUUCUGGCGACACUGGCUCGGUCUGUUCUGGCAGCGUCUCGCAGAGGAUACCCGAGCUGAGAGCGCUCGGCGCCAGGCACGCCAAUCUGCUCGAUUGGUUCCGGAGAAAUUGGGCGAAGCUCAAGUUGCCGCCGUUGUUCGCCGAGAUAUUCGACAUUCCCAAGUGCGAGGAGGACUUGCAAUGAGCAGACCUGGUAGGGCAACCCGAGAUAAUUCGAGGAAGACCAACGGUGGAGUCAGAAGGAAUCCGAAUCGUCCAGCACUCAGUGCUCGAGUCCAAUUCGGAGAGCCAGCGAGAAACGACGCUGUCUUUCGCGCAGUAUUAGGCGAUACUGCGACUCGCUGCAUUAGGAAAUUCAGAAGAGAGAAAGGUGAGAGCGGUGUCAGCUGUCGUCUGGGGCGAUAUCGAGUCGGCCGUGUGUACUAGUGCGAAUUUCCAGCGAUGAUAUCGGAAUCGUCAGCCAGCUUCCGCUGCUGAUUUGCGGCGAGACAUCCCGAGAGAAUAACGUGACGGCGAAUGGAGGGUAGUAUCGUUUGUCGCCUCUCUCGCUGGGAGACUAUUCGGCGUAACAUUAGGAAAUUCAAUAUUAUAUUAUAUUAGGAGAAAGCAAAGCCGAGGAACAGAGCGUCAGUUGUCGAAAAGGGACGCGGUGGUCAUCGGCGAAGGAUCAUUGGAUUCGUCGUUGGAAUUUUUUGGCGAACCUUCAGGCGACUCCCGCUGAUUUGUCUCAAAGAUGUCUAUAUCGAUCGCUCGAGGAGGGUGAUGGCGAUCGCACAGGAGGGAGAACACAUCACUCUCGAGAGCCGCGCAAGCAAUAGGACGAAGCUCCGGCGAAGAGGUGCGCGCAGCGCCAAGCCCGGCUGGAGAUUCGCGAAGCGCAAUUUGCUCAAAUUCAAGGGAAACGGCUUUGUACUAUUCGCCAGGCAAUACCACACGUACCAACACGCAUUCUCCCGAGCGAGCACAUAUACCUGAAAAUACUCAAUCGUCGAGGGAGGAUUUCUCUACGCGUCGCUUCUUACCGUCGCGCGACGUAUGUAGAUGGGGUACGACCGUUUCUUUCUCCGCGCGCUAUGAGCGCCACAUGGGCAAGCACAAAAUGCGUAAUCGAGUCAUGGACACACAUGUUCAUUCGUACUCGAGAUGUUGUUUCCGCGUUUUUCUGUUUCUUCGGGUAUCUCUAAGAUUUAAGGAUAGAAAACAUACACACAGUCAUAUACACACACAAACACGCGCGCAUAAACAGACACACAUAUACAUACAUACAUACAUACAGCGUGCUCAUCCGAGCGGGCACUCGUCCGCACGGGAAUCCGUGGUAAUCGGCCAGAUUAGCGUCAGAAACACCAAUUACUCAACGGACAUAUCAGAAAUUAAGAUUACGAAGUGUUCUCCUCUGUAUUAAGCGUUUUCGAGCACGUUCGUGUUUUUUCUCGCGGGCCCGUCGCGAUCACGACCAGUUCGAGUUUCGACGCGUGUAGAAAAGCGUAUUUUCCCUCACAGAAAAUUCAGUCGGCAUGAAACUGGCUAAUUUCAAUAAAAUUUAAAUAAAAGAGAGGGGGAUUUGAGGUGGUGAAAACCACGUUGUUUGUCAGGCUGUGCCUGUCGUCGACCGUUGAGAAUAGACAAAAAUCCGGACGAUGAAAAUUGAAGAAGCCGCGUGUGAAGGGAACAUCGAGACUCGAACUCCUCGGAAUCUCGGCGGCUUCGAUCCCGGGGAGAAUUGCCGCGACACCCGAGAUAACAAUGAGCAACAAAAGAGACGCGCGUGCGAUCGAAAGUGCGAGGCUCGCGUGAUACACGCGCGAGCGCGCACACGCAUACGCACGUUACGCAUAGAUACGCGUACAAACGUUACGCGCUUAUGUGCGCGUAGCUAUAAUAAAAGCUAUAAUAAAAAAAAAGUCGUAUACGCGCGCGAAUACGUACAUAUAAAUAUAUAUAUAUAUAUAAAUUUCACGCUGUAAGGCUCGAGAGGAAAUCUUUAUAGGACGUAUCUCCUUAGAUGCAUCCGCGCUACGAAUCUCAAUCUAUGCAAUCUCUAUUUUUAUUACUCGAAAAGUAGAAUAGCGAAUUAUCUCGAUAGAUAUAUAUAUAUAUACAUAAUUAUAUAUUGCCGCGCCGCGCUUCGGGAGGGGAGAGCCGUUCCGGACGGAAGACGCGAACGAGUAAAGCGGAACGCGACGGCGCUUCUCGGAUCAAAGUUCCUCAAUUAAUCGCGCACGGCGAACGUUGUCGUCGCGUUGAUCGCGCCACAAGUUUACGGAUUCGUUCUCGCAAGUUCGCAAGUCGACGAGUCCGACGCGACUUGUAAGUUCCUGGAGUAAAUCCUAUACCUGGAGGUAUAGUGAACGGCUGCGAUAGAUCGGUACUUAUGCACGUAUGUACAAAUGGCUGCGCGAACGAAACGUGUACCGGCGAUCAUAUACAACACGCGCACACGUACACACAAUACACACACGCGCGCAUAUAUAAAAUACAUACAAUACGUACAUGUCAUUCAGAAAUUUUUACCUGAGUCGCGAUUUCACGCGGAACGAUCCCGAAGCGAGCGCGAUCUUCAAACUUUGAACACUAAUAACUCUCUGACAAUGACUAGCAUAUAAUGCAUAACGAUAUAUCAUUGUAUGUGCGAACAAAUGAGAGAGAGUGUGUGUGUGUGUGUGUGUGUGUGUGUGUAUGUUUGUGUGUACCACGUUUGUGUGCGGGCGUUGUGCCGGGCGCGUGAAUGCUCGUUGUGCGCGAGUGCGAAUUCGAGUGCGCGUAUUAUUUCCUUUCUCUUUUCUUUUUCUUUUUCGAAAUACUCAUCCGUGAAGUAUUCGCGGGGAUAAAAAAGAGAGAAAAGAAAUCUAUUGAUAUAUAGAUAUCACAUCGUUUUAUUCUCACUGGACGUACUUAAAGUUACGUGACCUAUCGGUUUGUCGCGAUCAUUCAAAUCGAAAGGGAAUCGAAGACGCCGCAUCUUUGCGACAUUAGAGAACAAGGAAGACGAGAUUUUCGAUUUUUAUCUUUGUCACUCUCUCUUUCUUUCUCUCUCUCUCUCUCUCUCUCUCUCUCUAUCUAUCUCUUUCGCCCUCUUUCUCUCUAAGCGCUCACAUCAAGUUGUGAAUAAACAUAUCAUACUUAAUUAAUAUAUUGGACAAAGAGGAUAUCAUCGUUUAAUAUAAUAUAAAUAUAUAUAUAUAUAUAUAUAUGAAAAAAAAUAUAUAUAUGUAUAUUGCAAAGGGACAUUAUGAAACUAUAUUGCAAAAAGAGGUAGCUAUUAAUCGCGUUUAUGUCGAGCGAAUCGCAAGAUAGACAUAUCUUACGCGACCACCGUAACGAUCACGAUCACGAUAUAGUGUUCUCUCGUUUUUUCGUUUCUCGUUCUUUAUUCUAAUCCUUGUAAUCAGUAAAUGAAUGGUCUCUCGACUCUCUUGUGAUCCAGUGUAAGAAAUCGAGCGUGCACGACUCGCUCAUUGAUCGUGUUAUGUCAUUGUUUUCCGCUUUCAUUCGAUCGUCGCCGGACGGCGCGAAGAGGUGAGAAAAGUGUUGACUGGCGUUCGGACAUUUCUCUCUCCGCCGCGUUGCGUCGUGGUGUUUUUUUCCAAAUUUCUAGUCCGACGAAUCAGUCGCCGAGGUAGCAAUCGUGAAUUGAGGUGUUCUCGCAAACGUUGCUGGAAUAUAUAAUUAUAUAAACGGCCAAAUACAUUAUAUAUAUAUAUAUAUA